CACACCCAAUUGUGAGUAUAUAAACUUUUGAUGAGGAGUAAAUCUACACUUGUUCUAACGUAGUCAAUCUGAAGCAACAUUCUUGACAUCAGUACUUAUUUGGUGACACGCCUUGUCCUUAAACCCCUAUACACAAAUUUCAAUAUAAGACACAAGUCUGUUAAAACCUUCACAUCAUGGCCAGUGGUUUUGGGCUCACAGGAGCCCCUGGCAGAUGCUACCCCAAUUGGAUGGACUUCUCCAAGUGCAUGGAAGACACAGACGACCCCAGGAAAUGCCACGCAUAUCGCGAGGACUACCUGGAAUGCCUUCAUCACAGGAAAGAGUUUGCUCGACUGAAUCAGAUCUAUCGUGAGCGGCGACGACAACUUGCUGCGGGCAUUGAUGUGCUGAAAGAAGAGGAGCCCAAGAAAUGACAGCUGAUGAUGUCGUCCUUCUAGAUAGGAUGGACUGCACUGUGAAAGUGGUCACCGGAUGACAUCACAGAAUUCUGGAAUUCCAAAUGCAAUACGAUGCUGGAGACCUUGAGGCUUCUGUUCAUUGCUCGUAGCUAGCUUUACAAAGAGUGCAAGCGCUUUUACCACAAUGCUGACUAAUAUAUUGCUAGAACCAAGAAGCACACACUGUGCCAAAAUGGCGCAUGUUGCUGAACGCAGUGGAAAUCCUUUAUGCUGCUGUACAGCCAAGCCGCUGUGCAAGUCAAUGCCACAGACUCAUGCAAGUUAACUUCAACCUACAGUACGACGCUCAAGAGGUCUUGGAAUUUGAAUGUCUGAGCUGUCCAGAAUGCGGUUCCACUUUAUCAUAUGCAUUCCUGUGUCCAGUGUUCCAGAACAGACAAGCAUCAUCUCCUGUUCUCUGAUCAUGCUGCAGCAAGUUCACACAUCCUUAAGAGUUUUUGCAAGGCCAUUCCACAAUCCCUCUGCUUUCACCUCCCUCCGCAACUGUCAUUGUACCCCUAGAUCCCCAGACGUCAUCAUUUACCCCUGAUCAACAGGCAUGGCCACGAAAGCACAGUGGGGAGUGUCUCACGCCGCUUUAAUGUAACCCACACAUCCCCGUUAUUUAUUUACCCCUGAGCUGUCUGUCACAGGGGUUCUUCAGUACUAAGUAGUCUCCAGUACCCCCUGUUCGUCGUUUUAGCCCACGCCGUCUCAGGCCGCGCUCUCUCAGUCCAGGGUGUUCCCGGUGCCACUCCAGCCGUUAUCCAUCAGCACGAGGGCGUUCCUGCCGGGGACCAGCGCCCGGCCGGUCUUUUUUGC